UUAACCAGUCAUGUAUCUAAACGAAUCACAGUGAAGGGUUAAUAGGAUAAUUUCACAUACAAUACGAUAUUUCCUUCUCUUCUCAAGUAACGACGAGUAAAGCAAGUGACAGGCGAUGAAGGGACUAUAUCUAAUCGCCAUCGCCUUCCUGGUCCAGACGGUGAUCGCCGUAAAUGAGAUAAAUGAGACCAUUACUGUGGCUGCAGAUGCAUGUCCGGCGAAGGACACUUGCCCGCCGAAAUUGAUAGUUGCAACGGAUUGCGCUCAAUAUUACGAAUGCAGCAAGGGCAAAAAAGUCUUGAAAGAUUGUGAGGACGGCUUAUACUUUAGUAAAAAAUGGCAAGGCUGCGUUGAACCCGAGGAAUCGGAAUGCGACGAUGAUAAUGAUAGUGGUAGUGAUGGUGAUGGUGACGACGACGACGAAUGCGAUGAUGAGGCCUUAUAUCCGCACGAGUGCCAAUGCAAUAAAUUCUACGAAUGCAAAAAUAAUAAAAGGGUCCUGCGCGAGUGCAAGUCAGGACAGCAUUUUGACGAAGACAAGGAACGUUGUGUUCCAGGAGACUGCGACGGAUCGGGAAGUUCAGAAUCCGAGUGCGAAGAUGACGGCGAUUAUCUCCCUCACGAAUGCCAAUGCAAUAAGUACUACGAAUGCAAGAACAGUAAGAAGGCCUUGCGCGAAUGUAAGAAAGGGUAUUACUUUGAUACAAAAUCGUUGAAAUGCAAGAAAGGUUCUUGUCCGGAAGCGGAGGCAACUUGUACUAAAGGAAAGAAGAAGAGCCACGAAUGUCUCUGCGAGAAAUACUACACAUGCACAAAUAAGGAGUGGGUCGUUGAGGUAUGUAAGAAAAAUCAACAUUUCAGCCCUACACUUCUGAAAUGUACGACUAAAAAAGCUGCUCGUUGCGAAGAGAAAACAACAACAGAGGAACCAACAACAACGCCAAAAUCAGAAGAACCUGGCGUCUGUCCAAAAGAUGUUCCUACAAGAUGGCCUCACGAGUGCGACUGCAGAUUGUAUUAUGAAUGUAAAAAGAAAGAGAUGAUAUUACAGAGUUGUGCUUGGGGAAGAUAUUUCGAUCAUAUAAAUCAAGUAUGCGAAAAAGCGUCAAAAGUUAGUAGCAAAUGUAAAAACAGUUGGGACGAUUGGGUAUAAAUAACCAUCAAUUUCGAAGAGUAAGAAGAAAAGCUGAAAAUAUAACGAGUACGAAGAGCAAAUAGCAAUGCUUGUUAGAAAUAUAUUACUAUUGUAAUUGUAGGAGUAGAUUAUUUUGCUAUAAGAUAU